CCAUGAAAUCUAGAUUUUUCUGGUUCAGUAUUUGCGCGCCAAAAAGUUAACGGAUCUAUUUGUAUGAGUCUUCAAAAAAAUACUCAUUACUGUGUAUUUAUGUAGUGUUGAAUGAUUAUUAAUAUAUAUAAGUGGUAAUAAUAAUUAUAAUUAAUCAUUAAUGUAAUAAUAACAGUAAAUCUAAAGUUAUAUGUGAAACAAUACCUAAUUCCUGAAACUACGUCUCAAGGUUACCGUACCUGUAUGCGUCAUACCUCUUAAAGCAGCACACUCGGACUCGUUAUUUCUCAUUACUGGCCAUUCACAUAUUUUUAAUCUGAGUAAAAAACUUCAUAAUAUUAUGGCAACUGAUGUUGUAUAUCAAUUUUUGAAGACUCGUCAUCGACCAUAUAAUGUUAAUGAUAUUGUUGCAAAUCUUCCAAAAGAAACGGAUAAGAAGACUAUCCAGCAGGCAUUGGAUAAAUUAGUGAAGCAGGAGAAAGUUUUUCAGAAGCUUUAUGGAAAACAAAAAAUUUACUGUAUUUUACCAGAUACAAAAAAAGAUGCUCGAGAAUUAAUUCGGAUCGAUCGUGAACUGCAAACUCAUGCAACUGAAUUGGAGUCAAAGCUUGCGACUAUUGAAAAAGAAGUAAAAGCUAAACAAGCAACUUUAGUCGCUCUUCAAUCUGCACCGUCUUUAGAAGAAGCUCAAAAAGACCAUCAGGAAAGAAAGACGAGAAUUCAGCAGCUCGAGAAACGGUUAGAUAGUCUCAUGCAGUCAAAUGGAUCUCAGGAUUUGAGUGAAAAGAAGAAGCAAGUACAAAAGUCGCUCGAUUUGUAUUCUCGAGAAUACUCUAAAAGGAAAAGACUUUGCACAGAAGCCCUUGAUUCUAUUCUAGAAGGAUAUCCAGGAACAAAAAAGUCUCUUUAUGAUGCAAUAGGAAUUGAAGUAAAAAUUGUAUCGUAGGGGAAUUUGAGAAGGAUUUACGCAAAUUUAACAAGACAAUUAGUUGUCAAUUUAAUAUUAACAUUAAAAAAUAACUUACCAAUGCAAUUAUUAUUAUUGCCAGAUUAAGAUGUAUUUUAGGGUUAUUUAAUAUUCUAUAUCUUAAGUCCACUCCAUUCCAAAAGGCUGAUAAAUAUACUAAAGUCUCUGAUAUAUCUGAUCCGAAUGAUCUAAUAGAUUAGUUUAUAAAUAACAACAUUAAUUAACAUAUUUUAAAAUACAUAGUUAUUUCUAAUAGAAAUAAUUAAUUAACUUACUUGAAUGUAUCGUAAUCGACAAUAACAAGAAUUUCAGGGUAGACAGUAUUCUGAUUGCCCUUCGCUUCAUGUAAUUUAUUCAUUAUCAUUGAGAUAUCUUGAUUGCUCAACAACUCAUCUGUUGCUAAUGAUUAAAACAAAUAUGUUAUUAAAAAUUACUCUUUAAAAUUGA